UUGCACUAACCAACCAAACCAAAGCGAACGCACCUAUUCUCUGUGGUACAACGCCAUUUCGAAUUUUAUAAGCGAGAUUAAAGUGUAAAGUGACAGAAAAAUUAUCCUUGCGAGUUUGCAAGUCUAGUGUAGACAAUCCUAUUCGAAAAUGAGCCAGCGUGCACAUAAAUUAAUCAACACUAGCUUCAUGAAGUGGUGCUAUAACCUUAGCGGAUUUAACCAAUAUGGACUGUGGAGAGACGAUGUGCUUUAUGAAAAUAAAGAUGUAAAGGAAGCACUCAAACGUCUACCGCAACAUAUUAAAGAUGAACGCAACUUCCGUAUAAUAAGAGCCAUGCAAUUGGAUUGCCAAAGAAAAGUUCUGCCUAAGGAGCAGUGGACUCAAUUAGAAGAUGAUGUCUUGUAUCUUCAGCCAUAUAUCGAGGAAGUGAUAAAAGAGCGGGAAGAAAAAGAGAAAUGGGAAGCUUCAUAAAGUGUGAAAUAGCAUUCACAAUAAAUGAAACAAAG